AUGGAAAUGCAGAAAACGCACAACAGCAUCCAGCAACAACACCACUUCUUCUUCACCCACAACAGCAGUGAGUCUCUGCAGAAUGUGCGUGGGGAUGUCGGUGCGUUUUGUUGCACGCAUUAUCCCGCAAAUGCAUCUGCUGCUGUGGCUCUUCCUCCUCCUCCUGCUGAUGAUGAUGAUGAUGAUGGGCACCAAGUGGAGACUAUGCAGCUUCUUCAUCCUCGGAGGUCAAAGCAGCAAAAUGUCAAGUUUACUGUGAGCAAAAAGGUUUUCCCCUGGAUGAAAGAGUCCAGACACGCAAAUCAGAAAGCCAGCAGGAGGAUAUCAGACUGCACCGUCAACGAGAAGUGCCCUCCAAGCGCGUCCCCGGCGGCCUCCAAACGCACACGCACGGCGUACACGAGCGCGCAACUGGUGGAGCUGGAGAAGGAGUUUCACUUCAGCCGCUACCUGUGCAAGCCGAGGCGGGUGGAGAUGGCCAACCUGCUCAACGUCCACGAGAGACAGAUUAAAAUUUGGUUUCAGAACCGGAGGAUGAAGCAGAAGAAGGACGAGAGAGUCCAGGGCCUUAAUAUCUCCACCACCUCCUCCUCCUCUCCCCCAUCUUCCCCCUCCGCCCCGGGCAGCCCCACUCUAUCCAGCCUGGGUUAUGUACAUCUGGGCGGGGAUUACCAAACAGCCUCCCCUCCACCACCACCACCACCUCUACCACUCAAGCCCCAACAACACCACCAACACCAUGAAUCCCAGCCGGCAUACUCUGCAGAAUACUCCAAAUAUCCAGCUUCAGGCUUUACGCACGGCCCGCAGUUUGACCCGCAGUACCACACGCAUACAGACCAAAACCUGGAUGUGAACGUGUCGUAUUUCUCACAGAGCUGCUAUCCUCAGGACAGAAUCAUGCAAGCUCCAAAACUCACUCAUCUGUAGCUCAACUAAAAGGAAAUUCCUCCACAAAUAUAAUUUUAAUUUAUCUGCUGGUGCAUGCAUUUAAUUUUAAAUAUUUAAUAUUUAAAGUCUAUUAUUUAUUGAGUUAAUUAAUCUAAAUAUGGAGUCUCAAGUCGUAUUUAUUUA